GGAGCACAGCUUUCAUAGCCUGCCCGCCGCUCUGCCCCCACAGUCUGCAGUCAGCUGCAAGCCAGACUCACCCCUGGAGACCAAGGAAGGUGCCAAACGUCCAUCACCAUGCCAGAAGUCGAGAGAAAACCCAAGAUCACUGCCUCCCGCAAACUCCUGCUGAAGAGCCUGAUGCUGGCCAAAGCCAAGGAGUGCUGGGAGCAGGAGCACGAGGAGCGCGAGGCUGAGAAGAAGCGCUACCUGGCGGAGCGCAUCCCAGCGCUGCAGACCCGCGGGCUGUCGCUCAGCGCCCUGCAGGACCUGUGCCGUGACCUGCACGCCAAAGUGGAGGUGGUGGACGAGGAGCGAUACGACAUUGAGGCCAAGUGCCUGCACAACACCAGGGAGAUCAAGGACCUGAAGCUCAAGGUGCUGGACUUGCGCGGGAAGUUCAAGCGCCCCCCGCUGCGGCGGGUGCGCGUCUCCGCGGACGCCAUGCUGCGCGCCCUGCUGGGCUCCAAGCACAAGGUGUCUAUGGACCUGCGCGCCAACCUCAAGUCCGUGAAGAAGGAGGACACAGAGAAGGAGCGUCCCGUGGAGGUGGGCGACUGGAGGAAGAACGUGGAGGCCAUGUCUGGCAUGGAGGGCCGCAAGAAGAUGUUCGAUGCCGCCAAGUCCCCGACCACCCAGUAGAGGCGCCUGGCCCCGCUGUGCUCCGGGCUCCUCGCCCGCCCCGCCCUGCAGCCCUGCUCGCCGCCUUCCCGCCCCGCGCCGCGGAGCACGCACCUGGUCCACGUCUGCCUGCCUGCCUGAACACCUCUGGCAGGGCUGGGGUGAAGACCUCGCCUGGCGGGUGGGCGCCUGGGGGUCCCUUCCCGUGCCUGUCGCCCGCGGGCGUCACGCCCUCCCCAUUAAAGCCAAUGUCCCAAUC